CGCUGCCCCAGUUUAGCCAGAUAAGAGUAUUUCUGUGAUACCGGCGGAUUAGCAGUGACGCUCGUUUCACUCUGUUUUUCCCAGGCAGAAAGGGGCAGCUGGUUGGGUUUUUCACUCUAGGAGGUUGCAGAGAGCAGAUCGGAUCAGCCCUCCCCUGGGGCAGGGCCCUGGCGGGGGCAGAGAUGUGACAGCGUGAGCCUCAAGAUGGAAGGGCAGCCUGCCAGUGGGAGCUGGGGCCUUCUCACAGUCCCUUGGGGGGCGGGGGGGAGACAAGGAGGAGAGACACCCCGGCCAGCCAGGCUCUCAGCUUUCCUCAGAUGAAAGGUCUUGCCCAGCUGUUCAGGCGAGACCCGGAGAGGAGAGUGGUGAAGGCGCAAACGGACUCGGUGUAGUUGGGAGGCUGAACAUUAAAGAGGAUGAAUCGUGCUUGGUGCUCGAGUUAUCCUGAUGAAGGCUCCGCACUAAGGCUGGCAGAGAGACAUGAGUAACAACACGUUGGGAGGGAGGAAGCCAAGACUCAACGCAAGUAGCCCUGGUGAUCAGCAGGUAUCAGAGAAAUAUGUGAGAGAACAACAGGGCCAGCGCACUGCAAUCUUCGUGGUUCUCUUUGCUUUGAUCAUGCUGCUGAUCAUCUACAGCUCGAACAGUGGGAACGAAGUUUUUCAUUACACUGCCCUGCGGGGGAAAUCCCCCCAUCCCCCCAACUUCCGGAAAUGGGGGGUGAAAAGUGGAUACCUCCCCAUCUAUGGAAACAAGACACUGAAUUCCCAUUGCCACCAGUGUGUGAUCAUCACCAGCUCCAGCCACCUGCUUGGGAGCAAACUGGGCUCAGAGAUCGACCAAUCGGAGUGCGUCAUCCGCAUGAACGACGCCCCCACCACCGGCUACGAGGCAGACGUGGGCAACAGGACCACAAUCCGGGUGGUGGCUCACUCCAGCAUCUACAGGGUGCUGAAGAGGCCACAGGAGUUCGUCAACAAGACCCCGGAGACCAUCCUCAUCUUCUGGGGGCCACCCAGCAAGAUGCAGAAGAGCCUGCUCAAGAUCCUCCAGCACGUCAGCAUGUCCUUCCCCAACUUGUCGGCCUACGUGGUCUCUCCCGGGCGCAUGAAGCAGUUCGACGACUCGUUCCGGGGAGAGACCGGGAAGGACAGGGAGAAGUCCCGGUCGUGGCUGAGCACAGGCUGGUUCACCAUGGUGAUCGCCGUGGAGCUGUGUGACAAGGUGCAUGUUUACGGGAUGGUCCCCCCUAACUACUGCAGCAGGAGACCUCAGCCAGGCAAGAUGGCAUAUCACUACUACGAGCCCAAGGGCCCGGACGAGUGCACCACCUACAUCCACAAUGAGCGCAGCCGCAAGGGCAACCACCACCGCUUCAUCACAGAGAAAUGGGUCUUUGCUAGCUGGGCCAGCCUCUACAACAUCACCUUCUCCCACCCGGCCUGGGACUAGGGGCUCCCCGAGGAGACAUGGAGCCAUUCGAGUGCCCAACCCAGCAGCUGGUGCCAGUAGUGGGAUAACUCCACCUGGAUGGGAAAACAUCUCUUGGAUUAACCCUAUGAGCCAGGCUGGGCUCUGAGGGAGGAGGCCCCGCACUACAGGCUUUCCAGGGCCAGAAGGAUUGGGUGAGGGGAGGAAGGGACUGGGAUGGUGCCAGUGACCUGACCUGCAGUCCCAAGGCUCAGAGAGUCCUGCUACGCACUGGGCACUGCUGGAUUCAUGGUGUCCCCUUCCCCCCCACAGGCCACACACCUAGUGCACAUCACUGGUUCCCUGCUUUGAGGUCACCUCACUCCCUCGCCAGCGAUCAGCUCAGAGGCCCGAGAGUGAGUGGGAACAAUCGCUGGCUGCCCAGAUGGAACGGCUGACCCCUACUUAAUGCUCUGGGUGGCGGCUCUGGUCUCGCCUCUCUUGGCUUCUGGAGAGUGUAUAUCCGAGGUGGGAGGACUGUAACUCUCUCAGCUCUCAACUUGAUACUGAGUACCCGAAAGACUGUAUCUGCUGUACAAUGCAACCCUGCUCCAGGCAGCCUCUGCCUUGGGAAACUGCCCCCUGCGUCUCCAAGUUUCCAGUGAGGCCUAUAAGAGACCAGCCUCAGGGGCGUAAACUUCUCAGGUGGGUCUGAGGCAGGGCUCGAGAGGGGGCAUGAGACACAUUUCAACAGGCUGUCCAAGCACUGACCCCAUAAGUGACAAUGACAGAGCCCCCUCUCCCCUGAUAGCUCUCCGCCCUGCUGCCUGGGGCUGAUCCCUGGUGUGGCUGUUUAAGACAGGGAUGCCCUGUGGGGUGUGGGAGGGAUGUUGUGUUGGGGAGUGUCACGGUCACUGGGAGGGGUGUUUGUGGGGGGAGGGAAGGUGUCACCGUCACAUUGGAUGUGUGUGUCACGGUCACUGGGAGGCAUUGGGAGUGGGGUGUGUGUGUGUGUGUGACAGUCAUUAGGAGGUGUGUUAGGGAACAAGGGGGUAUCAGUCUCAAAAGGGCACCGAUGCCUACAGGGCUUUGUCUUUUCACAGCUGUAGAGGGCACUGGGCAGGGGGUGGAGAGGUCCCUCUGCUCCGCCUCUGGAGUCUUGCUUUGGCAUCACCAGCUGUCCUGGACAAAGCCCAGUCUGAGAGCUGCGCGCCAGGCUGUUUGCUGUCCUAGCUCCCCUUCCGCUGGCUGGCAGGGCUGGCAGCUGGUCCCUGCCCUCCUUUAACUCCACUUGUGAAAUCAAGAUUUGGUGGCAUGUGGCCACGCUGGCUGCCCCCACUGGGCUGGGAGGCCUGGGGCUGUGGUUUAUUUAAGACUCCUCACCUACCCCCCACCCCCCAGCUCUGUCCACAUGGGCUGCGAUGCCUCCUCCACUCCUAGACAGGACACAGCAGUGAUCCCCCAGCUGCAUGGCUGCACGUCCUGCUUUUGUGUCCUUGCUGCAGCCCUGCAGAGACCUUACAGCUGCUGGUGCACCCACUGCCUGUCCUAUCUGUGUGUGGCAAUGGCGCUCCCUGCUGGUGUCCAAGAGGCAGUGCCAUUUGCUAGGCUCACUCUGCAUGGCUUCUCCAUAUCAUUUUCAGGGCAGUUCCUCUUGAAUGUGCUUUCCUGUUGCUGCUUCUGGUACCAUUGGCACCGCCUCCCUACCCCCCAACAUGCACACCUCUUGCCAAUGAAACGUCUGCACAGGGAGAGCAAGUGGCCAUGUGGUAAGAGAGGGCAGCAAUACUGUGGAAGUAGAAAUUAUACCCUCAGCAUCUCAAACCAGGAGCACUUUUCACUGCCUCUCAUGUUCUGUCUGUCUGAUCGCUGUUCAGCCUGGCUGCCUCUGACCCCUGCCACUGGAUCUGUUAUGCCCCAGGUUACUGAGAGCUCCUUAAAUUAAGGCGCUGAGACUCCAUAGUAAACACUGAUCAUGACUGCAUGGGAGAGGUCUCCGCUCCGUGCUUGCUGCACACGGCUUCUGUGUACACGCACUGCUGAGGGAACUGUGUGUGGGUGUCAGACAUGGCUCUGUUCUUAGUGUAGAUCCCCUUAGGCUUGAUCCCUGUUGCCUCAGGGUAGAGUAGGUGUGAAAUGCUCCUGUUAUGGUUUGGAGUUACUCAGUUCUGCGGGAAAUCAUAGGACUGGCAGGGAGCUUGAGAGUCAGCUGGUCCAGUCCCCUGCGCUCAUGGCAGGACUAAGUGUUAUUUAGACCACCCGUGACAGGUGUUUGUCUAACCUGCACUUAAAUGACAGCACAAGGUGUAGGCAAUGCAGAAUCAUGGAUUGAGAUUAAUAGAUUUGGGCCCCUUGUGUUUACUCCCAUGCUCUCCCUCUGUCCUGCUCUCAUAUCCCCAGCCCACCUCUGCCAUUUCUCAUGGUCAUUUUCCCUCUCUGCCUUCCCCAGCAAUUCAGAGGCUGCAUGAAAGGUGCACUUCAGCUUGAGGCCAUCAGCUGCUUUCUAGUCACCCAGCAGGCUGGAUUUUGCCCUCCCUGGUCCUCGGCAAUAGCUGCUGUAAAUCUCCAAGUUACAAAAACAAACACUAUAAAAGCCUGCAGUAUUUUUUUUAACAGCCCAAAACACGGUGGGCCAGAUCCUCACUCAAGCAAAACUCCCGUCUGCAACCAGUGGGACGUUUGUCUGGGGCAGGGCUGCAGGAUUGGGCUCUGGAGUAACCUGACUGUGAACUGGUUACAGUGCAGGGGCCUGACUCUGAUCCCAUGUCCAGGGUGAAUCAGCAGCCAGCCUGCUCAAGCUGAACCAGGGUAAAUGAGGUCAGACUCCAGCCCCGUGUCUGUAGAAUAUGGCAGCAUUUUCUUUGAAAACAAGGGAGAGACUGAUAGAUGUGCUUUAGGAAAAACCAUCAGCUCUGUGCUCCACCUCUAGGGGUUGAAUGGGGGCACACCUCCCCACAGCAGAGAGAUUCUCCACGCAGGUCUGGAGUGGAAUUGUAUCGUGGCUGUGUGAGCUGGGAGCAGAUCCUCCCCACGCUCUGACACCCACAGGUGGGAAUGGCCCUUGUGCAGUUGUCUUGAUCAUGGCUGGUAUUGCAAGAGGUGACUCCCACCCUGCACUUUGGGAGGGGAACCCAUGCAGGAGCGUGAUGGCAAGGAGGUGGGAAGGGGACCUUGAAACUUACAAAUGCCCCUUGGUGGAGAAAAUGCCUUCCCCCCGCAUCCCACAGAAGAUCAGCCAAAUCUAUAUCCACUGAAGGAACAAACUUUGCUCUUGGUUACUACAGUCAAUGGAGAUGCUCUGGAUUUACACCAGUGUGACUGAGCCUCCUGUGACCCCUGAUAUUCAGGACACAGGAAGCAAACUGUGCCCAGCAGUGUGUCACCAGCUGUGACCUUGCUGGGCACCAUGGUGCCUAUUCUACACAUCACUGCCACCCUAGAGGACGUAGCUUUGGAAAAGAUGCCACAGCCAGUGGAGAAGUCCUGGCUACUCUUCCGCACGAAGGCUAUGGAGCUGCUACUUUCCCACCAUAGCCAGGACCUUUAGGGGUGUUCAAAGCAACAUUGUUGAGAUGUUUUUGGGGGGGAGGGAGUGGGUUUUUUUCCCCUGGUCCUUGUAUUUGUAUUGGUUUCCUAAAAUAGUUGUAUUAAUAUAUUUUAAAAACCACUUCACAAGAAGCAGGGUGAGAUAUGGAGGCUUAGAGGCAAACCCAGCUGGGUGCCUGGUACCUGCAGCUCCUCUGAUGGCAGCUUGCUAGUCUGACCCCCAUCUACAUCACUGGGAGUCAUGGGUGCUCAGCACCUGUGUAUGCCAGGCCGUGCCUUCAAAGGGAUCGAAUGCUGUUAGGUGCCUUGCUCCCCUAAUGUGUUUCGGUAAUGUGGAAAGCCUAGCCGUACAUGUUGUACUGUGCUGGCAAAUUCUGCAAAACCCCAUGGGGUUCUGGACAAUGCAGUAAAGGAAGUAGGAUUGAUGCCCUUUUGGUUUGAUUUUCUCUUUGCUGCCUCUCUUAUGUGCUUCUGUAAACAGCUGAUCUGCUUAAACCACUUCACAAAUGAUCCUUUGAACAGAACUGUCAAGUCGCUCGGCUGGGUAGUGCCUAUAAAAAUCAGUCACUCUUGAAUAUAAAGUUGCAUUUAUAAAGGGUUAAUAAAUGAUGAAUAGAAGCCUGUUAUGUACACAGGUAGCAUGAUUAGAAGCACAUCAGUAGAAGGCAUAUGUAUGGUAAUGAGCCCUGGUUAUAAGCAACCUAUUAGGUUCUCUAAUAACAAUGGAUUAGCUAUUUAUGAGAACAUCUGUUAAUCAUUUAUUAACCCUUUAUAAACUGUAAAUGGAACCUGAAUAGAAAGUGUGAUGUAAAAACCUGGAUGGUAACAUAACAGCAUGUGGUUGUACCAUUUAAUGUGAGACGUUUGCUAUAAAAAUAACUCGCAAUGCAAAUAAAUCGGGUGCUGAGGUUUGCUUUUUUUUUUUCUUCUUCACCUCUCUCCAUUGCUUGGGCUGUGGAAGAACUUGGCAAUGCAGUUUCUUCCCCUCCCAGUUCCAUCCUUUCCCAGCUGGCAAGCGGGGCCAUUUUCCAGUGUUUUGAAUGGAUCUCGACACUGCCUCUUGAUUUAACAGUAGCAUUAACCUCUGUGGCACCUUAUCUGACCACAACAUCCUUUUUUAUACAGGAGCUGCACGGAUGGUGUCACAACGGCACGGGGGAAAGCGUUUGUUCAUUUGCUCCUGCUGCUGUGCAAGCAGCCAGAGGAACAUGUGAUGUUUUGCUUGUAGAUCCUCAGAUAGUGACUACUGGCUGUUUUUUUCUUCCUUUUUUAAUCAAGUUUUCAGCCAUGGAGUCAUGGAUUUAAAAAACCAAACACAUGGGGUACUAAGAAUCCAGUUGGCUUAUGUUCAAAUGCAGCCUGACAGGACUCCUGGAUUCUGUUCUUGACGCUGCAGCCUCAGUUUCCCACCGGUCAAUGGGGAGUCAUGAUCAUAAUAGAGCUCACAGGGGCAUUGUGAGGCUUAAUUCACUGUGUGAGAUCCUCACAUACGUGGUGUGCAAAGGUUUCUUAGAGCCUGGUUAGAUUAUACCAAUGUAAAAGUGUUGUUUGUUGAGCCUAGACUACCUGCCAGAGCCCCUUUAAGGGGUUCAGAGUACUGGAAUGCCCAGGCUAAAGGAGCACGAUCGCUCUGUGCCAGAUCCUCAGCUCAGCUAGCCUGGGGGCAGGCCCUCUCUGACUGCAGGUCCCCUCACUCAGCACGGAGGCCCAGAUCCUCGUGAGCUGCUGUGAAGUGUCAACGUAACACAUCUGGUAGCCUGGACCUGUGUUACUGCUUCCUAGGGACCCCCUGUAUCUGGGAUUGUCUGUCAAAUCAGCAAGGAGUGAAUGUUUUGUAACGAUUUGUAAGGGAAUAAAUAUUGCUAUGAUCUUA